UUGGCUUAGAAAGUUCAAACGUGUCCGGCAGCCCCCGCAGGUCGCGUUCGGGACCGGGAUGUCCCCAGGGGCCGGGAUGUGACGUGCCAACCCCCCCGGGAGCUGCAGCCUUGGCUGUACCUGCCGUGCGACACCUGUGCCCAAAUCCCUCCGGCAGCACCGCGGGCCGCCGACGGCUGCCAGGGGAGGGAAGGAGUUUGGGAAUUGCAGAUCCACGGCGCUGCCUCUGCCUGGAGCCCACCUCUCCACACCCUGAGGGAGGCUGGGGGCCCCUGGGCACACAUUUGGGGUGCUGGGAGCCUUGGGGCACCCCAACAUUGCGGCAGGGAUGGGCAGAAAGGGCUGAGCCGCCUAUCCCAACCCUGCUCAGCUGUCUUGGAAACACAACCGGCAUUCCCGCCAGGAUCAGCAGCCCCUGCACGAUCCUUGACAGCUCCCAGAUCCUGCUCAGCGCCAGAGUUCGGUGUGGAAAUUGCCUGACCCGUUAAAUAAAACCAGCAGAGCAUUGCUUCCCCCUCGGGCAGGGCAAAUCCCCCCAGCCCCUCGAUGGCAGAGCAGCCUCUCACCACCCCCACGGCCCCAGCUGAGCCAAAAUGUGCCCGAAGCCGCCGAGUUCCUGUUUGGAAGCUGCUCCUGCCGGGCUUGGUACCUGCACACGGGGUCACCAGCGCUGGGCUUGUUGUUGUGAGCCCCGACUUAUCAGCGCCGUGGCGCUUCCCCGCUCCCCGAGCCUUCCUUCCGAGCCGAUUGUUGAUCCCGCGGUCUUGGCUGCGCUGGAAAAAAGGAGAUUUCCUGCAAUUGUUUCGCAGGACUUGCAGCCCGAUGCAAAAUUUUCUGCCUAUCAGCCCCCUCCCCAGCGCCGGGGCAAGGCUUGAGCCCCCCUGGCUUCCCCUGCCAGACAGCGGGGCAAUCACGGCUCUGUGAUUAAUUACUGCCUGGCCAGAGGUGCUUCUCUGGCCACAUCCAUCUGCCAUCGGCUCCUGCGGGAGCGCUGCCCGGGCAGAGAGUUCAGCUUUCAGCCCUUUCCCACUGAAAAAAAAACCCUGAGCUCACCCUGAUAUCGAGGUGUCAUCAAGGACAACUUUGGCACCUUUGUUACAACGCACCCCACCCCCCCAGGAUUCCCGGAGCUGGGGCAGGACCUGGGAUGUAUUUUCCCCACAGAAUGAUCCAGGCAGGAUCCAACCUCUUACCCCGGCGGGGUAACAGUGGAGGGGACACUCAGGAAGCCUCAGGGACCUCCGCCCAUCCCCAGGCACCUGCGGCUUCCACACCGACACCUGCCCGGGGCCUCCCCGCGCCCGUCCCCACCCUGUGACAAAAUCAAACGGGAGCCGAGUUCCGGCGCUGGAAGUGCAGUGAAGUGUCCCCCGCGCUGGGCUGGCUCAGGAUGUCGCACCACGCCGGUCAUUUCCUGCCCAGCAAGCGGCCACCGAGCCCACCCGAGCUCCGUGCCCAGAAGCGCUCGAGCUGCCGAGCCGAGAGGAUCCCCCCGCUCCCGAGCAGCCCCUGCACAGCCCUCGCUCAGCCGCCGCCACCAGGAUGGCAGAGGUGACCACUGUCCCCAUGGAGACACACACUGUCCCCAGCGAGUACGGGGACUACCACAACCUGUCCGAGCUGUUCUACCUCCUGAACCACACCUACACCUACUGCGAGUUCAGCCUGGACGAGAACAUCAAGCGAGUGGUUCUCUUCAUCCUCUACUUGGUCAUCUUCGUGGUGGGCUUGGUGGAGAACCUCCUCGUCAUCUGGGUCAACUGGCAGACACGGGGCACCAAGAACUUGGUCAACCUCUACAUCAUCAACAUGGCCAUCGCCGACCUGGGCGUGCUGCUCUCACUGCCCAUCUGGAUGCUGGAGGUGAUGCUGGAUUACACCUGGCUCUGGGGCAGCUUCCUCUGCCGCUUCACCCACUACUUCUACUUCGCCAACAUGUACGCCAGCAUCUUCUUCCUCACCUGCCUGAGCGUGGAUCGCUACGUGACCCUGACCAGCUCCUCCCUCUUCUGGCAGCGGCACCAGCACCGCGUGCGCCGCGCGGUCUGCGCCUGCAGCUGGCUCCUGGCCGCCGCCAUCCCCGUGCUGGAGGUGGCUCACAUGCAGCUGGUCAACACCGGGGAGCCCAUCUGCAUCUUCAUGGCCCCUUUUGAGACCUAUGACGAGUGGGCGCUGGCGGUCAGCUUGGCCACCACCACCAUCGGCUUCCUCAUCCCCUUCCCCAUCAUCGCGACGUUCAACGUGCUGACGGCGCGCUUCGUCCGGCGCGCCAAGCCGGAGAGCCACAAGCACUGCCUGCUCAUCUACGCCUACAUCGGGGUGUUCCUGCUCAGCUGGCUGCCCUUCCACGCCGUGCUGACUCUGCUCACCCUCGAGGGCAACCACAUCAUCCUGCACUGCACCUUCGCCCACCUCCUCUACUUCUUCUACGACAUCAUCGACUGCUUCACGCUGCUCCACUGCGUCGUCAACCCCAUCCUCUACAACUUCCUCAGCAAGAACUUCCGCAGCAAACUCAUCUCUGCCGUGGUCAAGUACAUCCCCAAGGACCACGGUGGCCAGAAGGCUGCUGGCAACUCCUCCUCCAGCACGCAGCACUCCAUAGUCAUCGCGAAGGACAACAGCCCUCCCAACUGAGGGGGUCAGGUUCUCCCAGUCUCCGUCCUGGUGGCUCCCUGGGGACAGUUGGAUUGGUUUUCCUGCUGCUGAGGACACAUUUGCUUGGGCACAGCCCUUCUUGGCUGGGCACCUCCCGCGGCAGGAUGCGGUGCCAGGUUUGAGGAGAGCUGGGAGCUGUGGACAUCUUGCCCCUGGAGUGCUGUUGUGUCCAACCUAAAGAAAGGAUAAGAAAAAAUUCUAUUCCUGUUUGACAAGAGAAACCCUUGCAAUAAUAAAGCCUGUUGUUCCUCUCAGUGUCUGACACAACCCAGCCCCAAAAUCAGAGCCCCUCCUGCCCCCCCAGGCUGUUGGAGUUGCCCCAUCUGCCCCAUCACGGGUGUUCCUGCACCCCCAAAGUGCCCCUGACCCCAGCCCUGGGCAUGGCCCUGCCUGGUGAGUGCCAUCCCGAGUGGGAGAGGAGGAAUCAUCCCUCUGGAGCACAAACCUCCCCCCACGGUGCCCAGCAACGCCCAGAACCUGAUUUCUGAGAGAUGAAGGUGAAGCAGCCCAAGGGGCUGAGCAGGGCACAGACCUGAGGGGAGGAACAACUUGGAGUCGAGAUCAGCCACUCCUUCAGAGCAAUUUUGCAAACCCAGCUGUAAAUUAGUGAUGGCUGAACUGGCUUUUACUGGGAAGGGCUGCUCCAGACUGAUUUUUGGUCCCCCAUCCCAUUAACCCCUCUGGAGCAUCCCCUGGCAGCUUUUGAUGGCCACUGGGUGGAUUUCUCAACUCCCUCAGGCCCCAACACCCCUUCCCCUUCCACCAAAGCCCCUGUGGGAGCACAGGGAUGUGCAGAAAUCCUCAGAGCUGGAGCACGGGCUGGGCUUGUGCCAAGGACCUGGAGAAUCUGGAGAAAGUUCAUCCCCGUGUGGAUCCUGAUCUCAGCCACGUGCUGGGGGUCAGGCCCUCGCUGGGGGAAGGUGACAGAGACACCAUAAAUCCACCAAAGGCCUUGAGCUGCUGGAGGAAUGUGUUGUGAAAAAAGCAAAGCAUAAGCAGUUCUGGGGACAGGAUGCUGGCUCAGGGCAGGAGCAGGAUGUCCCAGGAGAAGCCCAUGACCAGGGGUGGAGGCGGAUGUGGGGCUAUCACAGCGCUGGCUGGGAAAGCUCUGCCACUUCCAGGGGUCCCUGAUGGGGGAAAACCCUAAAUUCCUCAGGGUUCCUCCUGCAGGGAUGCUCCUUUUUACCCCAGGACAUGAGCAGUGGGGGAAUAACCCAAACCCAGCUCCGACACAGAAAUCCUGGGAAGGCUCCAGCAGGGUCAGAAUUCCCUGCUCAGGAAUUCCCUUCCUCUGCUCCUUACCCUGUGAGUGCAGGAGCCCAAGGGCUGUGAGACACCCCCAGGCUGAGAUCUGCACCCACAGGACCCCACCACCUUCAUUCCCUGACCCCAAAUCCUCCCUGAGCUUCCCUUUGCUAAUUCCCUCCCAUUCCCAGUGAAGAAAUGGAUGAUAAACACACAGCCAGCCACUCACCAGGGCAAAAAUAUAUCCAAGACACUUCAACAUGUAAAAUUUGGUUAUUUCACUAAUAAACCUAAUUUUUAACUGUC